AUGGCUCCACCACUGUGCAAAGCAAGUCGGCACUUCCUCGAGGAGCAAGCCCGAAUUAGCACUGGACCUAGAAGGCCCACUUCACGGUGCAGUUUCAGUUUGCAAGAUGAAGAGGCUCUGGGGACCCGCUGCAGCACGGCGCGCCUGUGGCUGACCACACCGCGCAGUGCGCCAGGCGGCACAGAGAGCAGAUGCGCUCCUACCACAGUCAGAAGACGAAAAGCCACCAACAUGCUCAAACAUGGCUGUGCUGGGGCCCGUGGAACCAGGGACAGCCAGGUGAGCCCCCAGACCUCCUGCUUCCACGCACCACCCCUGGUCACUGGGGAGCACAGCGGGCCAGGGCCGCUGGUGGCCCGUCUGGGAGGGGCGGGGAGCCCAGUGACCAUCUGGUGUCAGGGGUCUCUGCUGGCAGAUGUCUACCGUCUAUAUAAAGAGAGCAGCUCUGAAUCCUGGGAGGCUCAGGCCCCUCAGGGCUCCAGGAACAAGGCCGGGUUCCACUUUGAAUACACGAGGUCAGGUGAUGCCGGGCAGUAUCAGUGUGCAUAUGGCAGCAGGAACCGCUGGUCAGAGCGGAGUGACCUCCUGCCCCUGGUGGUGACAGAGGCUGGCUUUGACAGCUUCACUCUGACCAAGGACGAGCGGCUCAGCCCGCCCCGCCGCCUAGAAGGGCAGCAGAGCCCCGACUUCCCCCUGGGCCGUGUGGGCCAUACCCACGGGGGCCGGUACAGAUGCUACAGCGGGCACAACCUCGCCCACGCAUGGUCGGCCCCCAGCGCCCCCCUGGACAUGCAGAUCGCGGGAGACCCACACAGACGGGCUGAGAGGAGCUGGGAGGGCUCACAGGGAGGCCCCUCAGCUCAGGGUCCGGGGUGUGGGGAGGGGCUCUCUGCUCAUCACUCCCGUCCUCCCCCAGGAAUGCACAGGAAACCCUCCCUCUCCGCCCGCCCGGGGGCCUCAGUGCCCCUGGGAGAGAACGUGACCCUGCAGUGUCGCUCUGAGGUCCGCUCAGACACCUUCCAUCUGUCCAAGGAGGGGUCGCUCGCUGCUCCCCAGCACCUGCGUCUGCAGGACACGGCUCCGCCCGUCCAGGCCAACUUCACCCUGAGAGCUGUGACCUUGGCCCACGGUGGGACCUACAGAUGCUACAGCUCACAGAGCACCGCCCCCCACCUGCUGUCGCUCCCCAGCGACCCCCUGGAGCUCCUGGUCUCGGAUGAGGAGCGCCCUGCCCAUACCCACUGA